AUGGGUCAAUAUUAUCCAUUACAAUUGUUCGUGUAUUACCUCACAUCCAUCCUACUCAUCUUUAUUACCGAUCAAAGAACUUAUGUUCAUGCAAAUCGAAUAACUCGGCUUGAAGAAGAACCAUCAAAAAUGCUUCGCGUGUGCUAUGUGACGAACUGGUCGCGAUAUCGAGCUGAUGAAGCUAAAUUUGAAAUCGAAUUCAUUGAUCCAUUUAUGUGUACACAUAUCAUUUAUGCAUACGCAACUGUCGAUACGAGUAAACCAGAGAUAAUUCCUGUGCAAAAAGAUGAUCUCGAGCAUUAUCGUGAAUUGUCUUUGUUGAAAAAAACGAAUCCGAAUUUAAGAAUCUUGAUUCGUCUAGGAGGAAAGAUAUCGCUCUAUCUUCGAUAUUUAAAACAAGCUGGUACAACCACUCAGCUUGUUCGAAGUCUUAUCUGGUAUAUGGCAACACAUGGUUUUGAUGGUGUUGAUAUCGCACUUGAAUUUCCCGAUGCCGAUAUUCCAGAUGCCAAAGCAGCGUUGACGGCUUUACUUGAAGAACUGGGAAAACAACGACGAUUGAUGUUGAGAACAGUGAUUACUUUGACAGCUGCGCCUUAUGUGGAGAAUCUACUGAAAAUCUACGAUAUUCGAAAAAUAGAAGGUCUGGUGAAUUUCAUCAAUCUGAUGACAUUCGAUUUUUAUGGUCCAUGGGACGAAAAAACUGGAAUAUCAGCGCCACUAUUUCGUCAAUAUUAUCAAUUGGAAGCAGAAUCUGUUCGAAAUGUCGAUGGCUUGGUCAAACUAUGGCUCAGUUUAGGUGUACCUCGAGGAAAGAUCGUUAUCGGUAUUCCAGCGUAUGGCAGAUCGUACACAUUGUCAUCGGAGCAGAAGGGAUUACAUUCGCCGACGAAUGGCCCUGGCUAUCCUGGACAAUACACUAAAACUCGUGGUUUUCUUUCAUAUUACGAAGUUUGUGAAAAAGGUCAGUCUCAAAAUUGGCAGAGAGUAUGGUUAGAUUCUGAAAAAGCUUGGUAUAUGGUCAAUGAUGAUCAAUGGAUAAGUUAUGAAGAUGUCGACUCGGCUGCAUUGAAAGCACAAUAUGCGAAGGCAGAACAACUUGGCGGAUUAUUUAUAUGGAGCAUCGAUAAUGAUGAAUUUUCUGGUUUCUUCUGCAAUACGGAACCAUUUCCGAUAACUCGUCAAGUGUUUGCUACUCUUAAUCUUCCGGUACCCGAAACAAGUACACGAAUAUCACCUGUGCAACAACGAAUUCCAUCAAUACUCACAACUGUAACGGAUGCUCCAGCAAUCCGUUUUGUCAAUGUACAAGCGCAAUCACCGACAACUUUCUCACCCAUUGCACCUACUAAUCUACAACAAUUACUGAAUGCACUCAGCAUGUUAGCAGCGACGACAUCCUCCGCACCAGUUUAUAUCGCACCAACAACACCAUCAACAUCAGCAUUGCCUCCGCUAGCACAUCAGACUUACAAUGCUGAAUAUAUCUGUACUGGUCAUUUAGCUGGCCGACAUGGAAUUUAUCGUGAUCGUCGAAAUUGUUCGAUAUUCUAUGUUUGCGAAGGACACGACUUGAAUUCUUUGCGUUAUCAUAUUUUUUUCUGUCCACCCGGUUUAGAAUUCUCUAUGGACGCUUGCACGUGCGACUGGCCAACGGGUCGCCCAUGCCAAAGUACAGGUGAAACAUUCUGUGUUGCGCAAACACCUGCAACAACAAGCACAACUACAGCGACAGCUGCAUUACUUUCACCAAACGUUCCUCAAUCUGCCGUCAUUGCAUUGAAUGGUCUAGGUCAACUGUUAGGUACAUCCGGUAGUUCAUCGCCCGUAUUCGAUUGUACCGGUCGUCGAGCUGGUCUCUAUCGAGAUAUGUAUGAUUGUACGAAAUUUUAUUUCUGUACAACUAAUAACCAACCAUCGGAUGGUCCACUAUUUCGUUAUGAUUUUGUCUGCCCAACAAAUUAUGCAUUCAGUAUGACAACGUGUCGAUGUGAACUCGGACAAAGUCAUACAUGUCAUACUCUAACGAAGACUGAUUGUCUUCUGCUAUAA